ACUUACUGAGCUACUCAAAGUUCAUGAUCACACAACGGCUAUGUACAUCCCUGGCCAAACGAAACCCGCUGCCGUGGAUGGCGAAGGCGUAGAACGGCUGCGAUGACAACACUGCCGGCUCUGGACGGAUGGACGGCAGGCGUACUAUGGCACGGCGUGCGUAUUAGAGGGUGGACGACUCCACGACCGAAGAGAAGGUGCAUCCCUCCCAAGCUAGGACUAGACACCGCGCGGCCAGCUCCGGUGAGUGUCCUUCUAAAUGAACGUCCCACCCCGCGUUUCCUCUUUCCCCGCCGCCCCGCACGCACGCACGCUCGCCGCAAUUUAACCUCACACCGUUCAUGGCGGAUUGCAUCCGUCGCUGCGCUGCCGUCCCUGGGUGAUCGCCCCGAGUUCCAGUCGGUCGAGGUGGCAGCGAUGACGACGCUUCCCUCCGCCGACCGCGUCGACCACGGCCUAGUACGUGGAUGCUGCUAUACACGCGCGUCACCGGUGUUCUUUGGUCUCGGCUUCCCUCGCUGCAGACGUCGCGUUCGCCGGAUUCGCACCCACUCCGAUGUCGAUUUGUCCCGCAACAGUCGCUCGACUGUCGCUGACAUUUCUCAGACUUAUAUUCUAGAUUCGUCCACGCCUCAACAUCUGUGCGGUGGAACUGUGCCUGACGCGGCCGAUGCAGACAAUUCCGCCGAAUUCCCUCUACGUUACCUCUUGCCGCCACUACCCAUCGAAGUCUAUGAUCGCAUUCCUCCCGAGAUCUUCGAAGUCAUCAUCGAUUUCAUGGCCAGGCCCAUGCUUCUAGACAUAGCGCUGGUCAGUCGAACCUGGUAUCCUCGCGCGAUGUCCAAUUUCUAUCACACGGUCUAUAUCGGCGAUCGGACAGCCUUUGACUUGCUGGUGAAGCAAUCACGCGUCUCGCUCCGCGUCAAGCAUUGGCUCGCGACAACGCACACGGUAGUCGUCCAGCGCAAGUCCUUUCCUCUCACGAAACCGGGCCAGGAUCAUCUUCCAUUCAUGGAUUCCCUGCCUCUCGUCUUUGCCGACUCAUUGCCUGCUCUGCGAGUGCUCAAGAUCCAUCGGGCUCUGCGUCCCGUCAUGCACUCCACGUUCUAUCUUGCCCUGCGUCUUCACAAGCAACUCGUGUCCUUGCAUUUGGUGGAUGUCCAGCUGUCCAACGUCGCUCAGCUACAGCGGAUCAUCCGUGCGUUCCCGCGCUUGGAAGAGCUUGUCUUAUCUGGUGUAUCCUUCAUACAAGCGCACUCUGUGGAUGUGGCAUCCCAGCCUCUCGCCGCCACGCUAGCCACCACCCGGCUCAAACGCCUUGUUCUCGUAUGCGACCCGGGGAUCAAGCCAUUGGCACUGAGAUCCAUGGUCGACUGGCUUACAUGUCCGGCACUCUGCGCGUCCCUUCGUGACUUGAGCGUGCAAUUCCGAAACCUCGCACAUGGCGACUGUGGAUUCACGUCCGGCCUCAUCGAUCGCAUGCUGGAAGGGAGUGGACCGUCGCUCACUUCCUUUAGUCAGACCCACGACAAGGCUCCCGAUCUUCUACGUCCGUGCUUCGUGCACAAUACCGCUUUGCGUCAUCUGGAGUUGUCAGUGAACGUCUACUUCACUGGCCCUUGGAGUAAUCUGUCCGAACGAACGUGGCUAGAUCCAGCAGACGAACUGCGCGUUGCCCUUUCUACGGUCCGAAGCACCCAGCUGGAGUCCAUCACGAUUCGCCUCAACAUCACGCUCUAUGGCUGUCCGGAAACGGUCGAGGAGCUGGACAUACCCUCCAAGCAGCUCGACUCGACGUCGCGCAGUCUGCAUAGCGCCAUGAUCCAGCCGUACUUCGACAUGCUGAAGGGCGUCGACGUCGAGAUGCUGGUUCAAUACGUGCUCCCUUGGAACCGUAGGAAGAGUAUGGAGAAGCCGGCGCGCUCCGCCGCCGAAGCGGUCUGUUCCACGUUCGGCCAGCUGUUCGCGCCCUGGAGCGAUCGCGGUAUAGUCAAUAUCACGAAGAAUCUGAAAAGGCGUCGGUAGCGUUGGCGUACUAGUGAACAUACUUCAGCGAUAGGCGGGACUCGCGGCGUGUGCUAACAUUUAUACCGAUGGGUGCAUUCAUGGACUCUGCAGACUGGCCUUGUAUCCACUGUUUCCUCGCGAACUAGGCUUCGGUAUCUCAGCUUGUUCCGUCCA